GUAGACAUGACGAGUGAUUACAAAUGCAGGAGGGAGAAGAUGGAGCUGUCUAGAAAUGCUCGAAAAUAUAAGAGUCGCUUGAAUGCCGUCUGCCAUUCACUUUUAACAGUUCAAUCAGCAUCUACACUGAUUCCUCUUGACUGACCGGGAAAAGUCCUUCUCACUCAACAUACAGCAGCAGGCUCAAGUCCCUUGUACAAGCUCUUACCUGUCCUACCUGUCCUACCUGUCAAGCACCCUGCUCACAACAACACAAUGAAAGCCAUCCUCAUCGGAGAAUUCGGGGGCCCCGACUCCCUAGUCAUCAAAGACAUCCCCAAACCAACCCCAGAACCCGGACAAGUCGUCAUCAAAGUCAAAGCCUUCGGCGUCAACCACGCAGAGAUGCACAUGCGCAGAGGCGAAUGGGCCGAGUGGAUGCCCGUCAGCGGCAUCGAAUGCGUCGGCAUAGUCGCGGACUGCCCCGGAGGCGAGUUCGCCGAGGGCACCCCCGUAGCCAGCUUGAUGGGCGGCCUCGGACGCACCGUCAACGGCAGUUACGCCUCGUACACCAGCGUGCGGGCGGCCAAUGUCGUCGAGCUCGGCCCAGACGCGUCGAGGCUGGGGUGGCAUCAACUCGCUGCCAUACCCGAGUCGUACGCCACGGCUUGGACGUGUCUGUUCCGGAACCUCGAGCUGCAGCGCGGGCAGAGGUUGUUGAUUCGCGGGGCGACGUCGGCGUUGGGGCAGGCGGCGCUGAAUUUGGCGGUGGAGGGAGGAACGCAUGUUGUGGCGACGAGUCGCAAUGAGAGUCGAUUUGAGUUGUUGAAGGAACGGGGCGCUGAGCGUGCAGUGAUCGAAGAACCGCAUCUUUCGGAACGAUUAACGGAGAGAUUCGACGCUGUCUUGGAUUUGGUAGGCAAUACCACGAUCGUGGAUUCCCUGCAGAUGGUACGACGGAAUGGGAGGGUCUGUCUGGCUGGGUUCCUAGGGGGUCUAGCACCGAUUCAGGAUUUCAACCCGCUGCUUCAGAUGGCCAGUGGAGUACACUUCAGUUUCUUUGGGAGCUUUGUCUUCGGAACUCCCGAGUUUCCCCUGGCGGAUGUCCCUUUGCAAAAGAUUGUCAAGAUGGUUGCCGAUGGGAAGUUCAAAGCGGAGCCGUCGCGAGUGUUUCAGUUCGAGGAGAUUCGGGAAGCCCACCGAGUGAUGGAAGCCAACGAAGCUAAUGGGAAAAUGGUUGUGGUUGUUGAUCAAUAAGAACACCGUUAUCUUGAAUGUGAAAUAGGCUUUCUUCCAAGUUAUCCAGGAAACAGGCAAAAGCGUCAGGAAUCCGAAGAAAUUGUGUAAUGAGAUCUUUAUAAUCAGCAAAGCGAGUAAUUCCCAUCCGCAGCGUGACCUUCAACAGCGUAUC